AUGAAGAUGUUCUUUACUAAAACGUUUACGAGGUUGAUCGCUCAACGUCACAGCCAAGUGUCUUCUACUACUAGCAAUCUCUCAGCUGCUCCAUUAUCGCAUCCAGCUCCACAAUCUUCCACCUCUCUUGAGAUCCAAUCGAUUUCUUCGGCUACACCACCUACAAAAAAGAAAGGAGGAUCAGCGUCGUUGUGGUUCUUUGCUGGAUUGAUUACAUACGGUCUCGGGGAGACGUUUAAGAUCGUACAAACAGAAGUGUACAAGAAACAUCUGGAAUUCAGACGAAUGUGCUUGGAAGUGGAACCAAGUAGGCUGAAUACAACAAAAGAUGUUGAUAGGUUAGGAUUUCGACGGGUUGUAUGCAAAGGCGUUUUCGAUAAUGAAAGAUCGAUCUAUGUGGGUCCAAAGCCUAGAUCCAUGGCUAAAGGUUCUGAAAAUGGCUACUAUGUCAUCACACCUCUCUUGCCAAUCCCUAGUGAACCAAAUAGUGUGAAGUUCCCUAUUCUAGUAAAUCGCGGAUGGGUUCCUUUGGAUUGGGAAGAGAAGUCUCUAGAAUCUAGAGAAGCUAAUGUUGUUGAAAAAGCUAAUAAACUACUCUCCUAUCAACAAAACCUCUUGUCAAAGUCCUUGUAUAAGUUCAACAACCCAAUGAUUGAUGAGGAGCAAGCCUCUAAGGCUAUGCAUGUGGAAGUGGUUGGUGUAGUUAGGAAAAGUGAAGUUCCAGGCAUGUAUUCUGUAGUAAACUAUCCAAGUUCGCUUGCAUGGUUCUUCCUUGACGUUCCUAAGUUGGCUCAAGCCAUGGGAUUUGGUGAGGACAUGAUCUACGUAGAGAAGACCCACAAAGAUAUGGAUGAAAGUGAAUCUUAUCCAGACCCUAGACACGUUGAGGACUUGAUCCGUAGUAAAAAGAUACCACUGGACCAGCACCUUUACACUAUUUUAUGGCACUGGAGCUCUCUAGCUUGCUUUAUGAAGUGGAAUUCGAGAGUUAUUCAAAACAAAAUGUAUAGUCUUCGUGACUUAUUUUGCGUAAUAGACACUAUUGGUGUUGGGUGUGUCACUAAACUCGACCCGGGGCAAAGUGAUAGCAUAGAUUCAGUUCGAGAUCGCAUUUGGCAUCGACUGAAAUCGGCGGCAAGUGCACUCAAGAAUCGAGGAAAGGAUAUGGACCAUUCGGACAUCGAAGAAAAGUUAUGGACCAUCAACUCGAUAUUAAGAGAAGGAGAAGAAGACAAGAUGAAGAGGAGAUAA